AUGGCUAAGCGCACGAAGAAAGUUGGCAUUGUUGGCAAGUACGGCACGCGUUACGGCGCGUCGCUCCGUAAGGUUGUGAAGAAGACCGAGGUGAGCCAGCACUCGAAGUUCUUCUGCGACUUCUGCGGCAAGUACGGCAUGAAGCGCCAGGCUGUUGGCAUCUGGUGCUGCAAGGGGUGCAACAAGACCAAGGCGGGUGGUGCGUACAGCCUCAACACCGGCGGUUCCGUCACUGUGCGAUCCACCAUCCGUCGUCUCCGCGAAGCGACCGAGAAGUAA